AUGUUUUCCUGCAUCCUGAUCCUCUUCCUACUGCACACUGCUGCCAGCUUUGUGACCAAAAAUGCUUCAGGUGUUCUCUCUGGAAAGGAUCACUGUGUCUGUGAAAUUGUUCUACCAGACAGAACUUUCCCAGCCCAGAGGGUAGCAGCUCUGGAAGAUGAAACUCAGCGGCUAGGUAACCGAGUGGAAGAUGAAAUGCAAAAGUUAGAAGAGCAAGAAAUCAGAUUAGAAUCAUACUUGGACAGGAUCAUUAAUUUUACCUUCCGACUGGAACGUCUGGAGAAAAUGCGUCCGGAGGCCCUGGUGGAGAUCAACUAUGUACUGCUCAAAAAGGAGUUACUGGAAAUGGAAAGACUUGUUAAUGAACUAAAGACCAAGCUUAAAGGAAACGCCACUCAUGUUGACAAUUUACAUUCAGAGGUGAAGAAUAUCUCGAAGAUAGUUGGGCAACUAGAAACUAUGGACAAAAACAAUGUUCUCAAAAUCCAGAAGGACAUGGAAAAUCUUAAGAAGAAGCUUGUGGACUGUGAGAAGAACCUCAAAGCGAUUAAGACACCAGUCACUAUACCAUUAGGUUCAUGCCAGCACCGUGGCUUAGCUCGCAUUGGCAAACCAAACAUUAUUCGAGUCAAUUGGAAAGGAGUUGGUUACAAAUCUGGAGCUUGGGGUAAAGAUGCAGCUUGGAACACCACUAGGAAAUUAAUGUACUGGGUCGCCCCACUGAAUGUUGAUGGUCGAAUACUGGAGUCUGUGCGAGUCUAUUCAAAUCUGUAUGACAUGCACUUGAACAGAAGUGCAGUAGAUGUGCCUCUUGCUAUGUUCAUGAAAAACAAGUGGAACUACACCAUGGCUGGCCAAGGUUCUGGAAUGAUUGUACAUAAUAAUCACUUGUACUACAACUGUUACAAUAGUAGAGAUAUGUGUAGGAUCAAUCUAAGCAGCUUUUUGACCCAACGCAAAACCCUUCUAAAUGCGGUGUUCAACAACCGAUACUCCUAUGCUGGUGUCAGCUUCCGGGAUAUUGACUUUAUCUCAGAUGAGAGGGGGUUGUGGGUCUUAUAUACUACAGAGGAAAAUGCAGGCAAGCUUGUAAUAGGCAAAGUGAAUGUUGCUACCUUCAAUGUAGAUAAUAGUUGGCCCACCACUCAGUUGAAAACUGAGGUUAGCAAUGCUUUUAUGAUCUGUGGGGUUCUGUAUGCUACACGGUCCUUCAGCCCAAAGCAAGACGAGGUCUUCUACACAUUUGACACUAAGACAGGCAAGGAAGUAAGAGUCAGCAUUAUUAUGGAUAAGAUAUCAGAAAAAGUGCAGAGUCUAAGUUACAACUCUAAUGACCGAAAGCUGUACAUGUAUACGGAGGGCGUUUUAAUGUCCUAUGAUGUUGCCUUGAAGCCUUAAGGUCCCUUCUUCACCUACUAAAUUUUCCACUACUUUUUAUAUCAAGUAUUUGCCACUUAAAGGACUUCCUAGGUUCUCAUCACAAAAUCAAACUAUAUGAAAAUUAACACAAUGCCUGCUCAGAUGAAUGUAUAAUAAUUAGGUACUUGGUUCUUGCCGGCCUACAUGUAUAUCAGAGGUGCUGGUCUGCUACCUUUAAAUUGGCAUUUAUUUGCUUUAAAAUUAGUUAAUAACAAUUCUAUAAUUUUAAAGUCAACUGAACUAGCUGAACUCUUCAUACUGAAAUCCCAACCUUUGAUAGCCUUAAUAAUAACCAAUGAAUUUCUCUUAUUUCCGCAUGGCAAAAUUGCAUCUUUUCUUUAUAAUUUUCAAGU